CAGACUUGGUCAGACUCUUUUGACGUGUAGUGUGCGUCGUGGGCGAUAGUUUUCUGAAUAAAUUUAUGUCUUUUACUCAAUUUUCAUGAAUUUAUUACUAUCUGCAAGUGAUUUAAGCAAUAAUUAUACGCAACACUUUAUCUUAAGCUAAACGUGCAGUGAAUACUAAAAAUGAGUCGGUUCUUCGCAACUGGUACGGAUUCCGAAUCCGAGAGCUCGUCUGAGGAGGAGCAGAUUGUAAGGGCGCCUGCAGCUGUUUACACGUUCAGUGAUGAUGAAGAAGAAACCAAGAGAGUUGUCAGGUCUAUGAAGGAGAAGAGAUAUGAGGAAUUAGAAGGCAUAAUUCACUCUAUUCGUAACCAUCGCAAGAUCAGAGAUUUCUCAUCAGCCCUAGCUUCUUUUGAGGAGUUGCAAAAGGCUUAUACUCGAGCUGCCCCUGUGGUCCAAAAAGAAGAAAAUGGAAUUGCACCCCGAUUUUUCAUACGGGCUCUGACUGAACUCGAUGACUGGGUAUCUGGGGCCUGGAAUGAUCGAGAUGCAAGAAAGUCCUUAUCCAAGGGCAACAGUAAAGCUCUUACAUCCUUGAGACAAAAGCUACGCAAGUACACAAAAGAUUUUGAAGCUGAAAUAGCAAAAUUCCGAGAGAAUCCUGAUCUUCCAGAUAAUGAGGAUGAUGAACGCAAUGAUUCCUCAUCCUCUGACGAGUCUGAUGAUGAAGAGAAGGUCAAAGAGAAACCCAGAGCUCGUCGUUCACCUGAGCCGCGCGCUAGACCGCCGCCCCAAGAUGAUGAAUCCUCUGAUUCGAUGGACUGGGGCUCCAGCUCUUCUGGCGACAGUUCAAGCUCUGACGAUGAAUUCAAAGGGGCUGCUACUAUUCGUGAACGUUUCUUGAAGCGCACCACUGAGAGAGACGAUGAUGAGGAAAGAGACAGGCGUAGGGCAAGGAGGGAAAGACGAGAGAGAGCCGGCAAAGUUAGCAAGAAAGAUCAGGCUGACGAUGGGGGAGAAUGGGAGACUGUUCGCAAAGGAGCGGCGACAUCCGACAAACCCAAGAUGUUCGCGAAGGAUAGUGACAUCGAUGCAGCGCUUGUUGUUAAGAAGUUAGGUGAAAUCAGUGCCGCCAGAGGACGUAAACGCACAGAUCGUAGAGCGCAGUUGGAACUUCUUCAUGAGCUGCGCACCAUCGCCCAACAGCACAACCUCGGUGACGCACUUCAGCUCAAACUUCGUGCCGCUACAGUAGCCGCGCUGUUCGAUUAUAACCCAAAAGUGUCUGAUGCCAUGAAACCGGAAUAUUGGUCUAGACUCGUGGAGAACGUCGACCAAAUGGUCACCAUUCUGUUAGCUCACGAAGAUAUGGUUCUCAGUGAAAUGAUCACUGAAGAAAAUGAGCAGCUUGUUACACCACCUUACCAAGUUCGCGGCUGCUUGCUCACAGCUUUGGAACGUCUCGAUGACGAGUUCACGAAGCUACUGAAAGAAUGCGAUCCUCAUUCGAAUGAGUACGUAGAAAGAUUGAAAGAUGAGGUCAGGGUAUCGACGCUCAUUGAUCGUGUUUGCCAAGUCGUGGAGCGCGAUGGUUCCCCGCAGGAGAUAUGUCGUGCGUAUCUUCGUAAAAUCGAUCAUUUGUACUACAAAUUCGACCCACGCGCUGUCAAGAAGGACCUCCCUCCAGGGGAAGAAACGACGAUCAAAAAGAUGGAGCGCCUUUGCAAAUACAUUUACGCAAACGACGACUCCGAUCGUCUGCGAACUCGUGCGAUCCUCUCGCACAUGUACCAUCACGCACUGCACGACAACUGGUUCCAAGCUCGCGAUCUACUUCUUAUGUCGCAUCUGCAGGAAAAUGUGCAACAUUCGGACCCUAGCACUCAAAUCUUGUACAAUCGUACGAUGGCUAAUUUAGGUCUCUGCGCUUUCCGUCGGGGCAAUGUCAAGGAGGCUCAUGGAUGUUUGGCGGAGCUGAUGAUGACCGGAAAACCGAAGGAGCUUCUGGCUCAGGGUCUGCUCCCUCAGCGUCAGCAUGAACGUUCAAAGGAACAGGAGAAAAUCGAGAAGCAGCGUCAAAUGCCAUUCCACAUGCACAUCAAUUUAGAACUUUUGGAAUGCGUCUACUUAGUGUCUGCCAUGCUAAUCGAAAUUCCGUAUAUGGCCGCUCACGAGUUCGACGCACGCAGGCGCAUGAUAAGUAAGACUUUCUAUCAGAAUUUGCGAGCAAGUGAGAGGCAAGCUCUAGUGGGACCUCCAGAAUCUAUGCGUGAGCAUGCGGUUGCAGCUGCUAGGGCCAUGCGACGAGGCGACUGGCGCGCCUGCCUUAAUUUUAUUGUCAACGAAAAAAUGAAUGCUAAGGUUUGGGAUCUAAUGGUUAAUGCGGACAAUGUACGCGCUAUGCUCGGUCGUCUCAUCCGUGAGGAGUCCCUGCGUACAUACUUGUUCACAUACUCUCAUGUGUACGCAUCACUAUCCCUCCGCUCGCUGGCCGACAUGUUUGAGCUACCGCGACAACGUGUACAUUCACUCGUGUCCAAGAUGAUCAUAAACGAGGAGCUGCUGGCUUCUCUCGAUGACCCCAGUGAAUGUGCUAUACUGCAUCGUUCUGAACCAACAAGAAUGCAAGCACUGGCUUUACAAUUGGCAGACAAGGUGGGAAACUUGGUGGACGCAAACGAGCGUAUCUUCGAGAAGCAAGGCUCGUUCUUCCAGCGCGGUGGUGCUCCGCGCGGCGACGGUCGGCAGCGCGAGCGCCCGCGUGAGGGUUGGGGCCGCCGCCAACGCAACCGCCGUCGUGACGAUGAACGUGCCCAUGACGAUUAAAUCGAUUUCUUAUCGAACCCACUCACGUCAGCGUACAGCGCAAACUUACCUUCACCCUGAAUUUCAGAUGCCGACCUCAAAAUCAACACACCGUCACAAAAUAUUUUGUCGUAACACAUUGUAUAUUUUUAAAAAACUAGGAGUAGGUAGGCCUUUAAAUGGCUGGGUAAGCUAAGUUUGCUGCGCCAUCAACACCUGGCAAUUAGCAGAAAUCCUUAUGAUUAUUCAAUAAAGUAUUCAACAUG